AUGAAAAAGUUUUUAGAACAAAUUCGAAUUAAAGAAGCCAGCCUUAAAAGUGAAUCAGUUAUUGAUUAUGAAGACAUUAAGAAUAAAGAAUCAACAAAAUAUGAAAAGCUAGGUUGUCAAAUAGUAUUAUAUAUAGAGAAAAAAGAUGAGCUUGGUAAACUUAAGACUAAAAAUCUAGAUAUUAAUAAACAAAGAGACAAACCUACACAGCUUCAAUGA